GAUCAGAGCGCGCAUGAAGCGUGUAGUGGAUAGCCGGCGGGCAUUUCGUUGUUUACAAUGGCAAAAAGGAAAGCAGAAUCGACUGAUUUGUUUUACUCGGAAGAGUUAGAUGACUCCGACAGUAGUACCCAGAGUGAUUUAGAGGAUAGUGAUUAUGAGAAUUCAUGUGAGGACGGUUCUGAUAUCGAAUUCAGUUUGUCUGAAGACGAAGAGGAAGCAAAUAGCGAACCGAUUGAACCUUUAGAUGUCCCGUGGGUUGAGAAUGGAAUUCCACGGCCACCGUUCCCAUAUACAGAUAGAGAAGGGGCACAAGUUCCAAUAAAUAUACAAGACCCGGUAGAUAUAUUUGAGCUGUUUUUCGACGACAGUAUAAUAAACCUAAUCUCCGAAGAAACGAACAGAUAUGCUACUCAGUUUAUCGUUCACCAUGGACAAAAAUUGAAGCCGAAGUCACGAGUCCGCAAGUGGAAAAACACCAGUCCCAAUGAAAUUCGAACUUUUCUCGGUCUUACCGUUUUGCAGAGCGUCUGUUCAAAACCUUCUUUUGAUAUGUAUUUUUCGGCUCGCGAGAGUACCUAUCGAAACGCCAUUUUUCGUGAAAACCAUGCGGGAAUAUAGAUUUCGCCUUAUUCAUAAGUUUAUACAUUUUGCUGACAACAAUUUUCUCGACAACGAUCCUCACGUACGAAAAUUGUAUAAAAUAAAGCCUAUCAUUGACCAUUUACAAAAUUAGUUUAGGAGUGUGUAUAUCCCGGGAAAAAACAUAUCUGUUGACGAAUCGUUGAUGGAGUGGAAAGGACGCUUGUCCUGGAAGCAGUAUAUUCCCUCAAAAAGGAAACGUUUUGGGGUAAAGUUCUAUAUGCUAUGCGAAAGUUCUACAGGGUAUGUCUAUAAUUUUUUUGUUUAUACAGGGGCUGACACAAAUUAUGGCCAUAAGUAUAUUGAGCAGCCUAUCGCUGCACGAAUUGUAUUGUCACUAUGUGAUAGUCUACUCAAUAAGGGACACUGUUUGUUUUUGGACAAUUUUUACACUAGCCCACAUUUAGUCGAAGAACUAACAAAACGGAGAACCGAUUGCGUCGGAACUAUGCGGAUUAAUCGGAAGGGAAUUCCGCAAGACAUAAAAACAAAAAAAAUAGAAAAAGGGGAGUCUGUGGCUAUGUUCAAAAAAAAGUGACGAUCAUAAAAUGGAAGGAUAAAAAAGAUAUCACUACGAUUAGCACUCUUCAUGACAAUAGAAUGGUUGAAAUAGAGAAGCGUGGCAAAAAAAUACAAAAACCAGCUGUUGUUUUAUCUUAUAAUAAAGAUAUGGGUGGGGUGGAUUUAUCAGAUAAUUUUCUGCAUUUCUAUUCCCUCGAUAGAAC